GCGGGGUGCGCACGCUGUGACCGAGGGCAGCUCGAACGGGAGUUUCUCCUCUGUGAAGUGUGUUUCCUCUCCCCCCCCCCCCCAGAGCCGUCCUCCCAACGCACGGAGCGGAGGCACUUUGUCCGUGGCGCAGCGCGACAGUGCGGUGUCCGAUUACAGCCCGUGCGCCGAGGAGCCGCCGGCACCGCGCGCUCCUCUGUGGGGCAGAAAUAGCACACCGGGCUCCGGAGAGGACGCGCGAGAGACACACACACACACACACAGAGAGAGAGAGAGAGAGAGAAAGGGAGAGGGAGGGGAAAGGAGAAGGAGUUUUACCGAGGUCGGUUUCUGGCGAGAGAAACCACCAGAACUGAGGAUAUUUCAUCUUCAGCUGCGUCUGAAUCGUGCGUGCCACUCUCCUGGAACGAGACACGCCGCUUUCUGCCCUCUGCUAGAUGAACGGGAGUUGGGCACCUCAAUCGGUGUGUCUUUCCAAUGAUCUUGGCCCUUGAGGCCUGAGGAGAAGUGAGCAAAGCUCAGGCCCCAAAUGGGACGCCCUUUUACCCAGCAUGCACUGCUCCUGCUGCAGUGCAUGCUGGUCCUGCGGCCCGCAGGCGUGGCCAGUAGGAGAGGGCCAGUGCUGCUGCCGGAAUCACCCUGUCACAAGACGGAGCACCCGCUCGUCCCACACUCAGAGAUGGAGCCGUGGAUCUUCAGGUUCAAGGCGGAGGGCACAGUGGAUUACUCACAGCUGACCUUCGACCCCGGCCAGAACGAACUGAUCGUCGGUGCCAGAAAUCACCUCUUCAGGCUCAACCUGGAGGACCUGACACUGAUCCAGGAGGCGGAGUGGCGCUGCGACGAGUUCACCAAGGGAGCCUGCUUCAGCCGUGGAAAAUCUGAGGAGGAAUGCCAGAACUACAUCAGGGUGCUGCUGGUGAAUGGGAACCGGCUGUUCACCUGUGGAACCAAUGCCUUCACCCCCAUCUGCACCAACCGAACGUUGACUAAUCUGACCGAGAUCCACGAUCAGAUCAGCGGGAUGGCGCGGUGUCCGUACAACCCCCUCCACAACUCCACCGCCCUCAUCACCUCCAGCGGGGAGCUGUAUGCCGCCACUGCCAUGGACUUCUCUGGGCGAGACCCCGCCAUCUACCGCAGCCUGGGCGGCCUUCCGCCGCUGCGCACCGCCCAGUACAACUCCAAGUGGCUCAACGAACCCAACUUUGUCUCCUCCUAUGACAUCGCCAACUUCACCUACUUCUUCUUCCGGGAAAACGCGGUGGAGCACGACUGCGGCCGUACGGUGUUUUCCCGCGCCGGCCGGGUCUGUAAGAAUGACAUCGGCGGCCGCUUCCUCCUGGAGGACACAUGGACGACCUUCAUGAAGGCGAGGUUGAACUGCUCCAGACCUGGAGAGAUCCCCUUCAACUACAACGAGCUGCAGGGGACGUUUUACCUGCCGGAGCUGGAGCUGCUCUACGGCAUUUUUACGACCAACGUAAACAGCAUCGCUGCGUCUGCGGUGUGUGCCUUCAACCUCAGUGCCAUAUCGCAGGUUUUCAACGGGCCCUUCAAGUACCAGGAGAACUCACGGUCGGCCUGGCUGCCCUACCCCAACCCCAACCCAGACUUUCAGUGCGGCACCAUUGACUCUGGCACCUACGUGAACCUGACCGAAAGAAACCUGCAGGACGCCCAGAAGUUUCUGCUGAUGCAUGAAGUGGUCCAGCCCGUUGUUCCCGUGCCCUAUUUCAUGGAGGAUAAUGUGCGCUUCACUCAUGUGGCGGUGGAUGUGGUGCAGGGGAAAGACAUGCUGUUUCACAUCAUAUACCUGGCCACAGAUUAUGGCACUAUCAGGAAAGUGCUUUCCCCUCUCAAUCAGUCCACGGGGAGCUGCUUGUUGGAGGAGAUCGAGUUGUUCCCGCCCAGGAAGAGGCAGCCGAUCCGAAGCCUGCUGAUCCUCCACAGCCGCAGCGAGCUUUAUGUGGGCGUGAGGGACCAGGUCAUCAAGAUCCCGCUCAAGAGAUGCAGCUACCACAAGAGCCGAGAAGCCUGUGUGGGGGCCAGGGACCCGUACUGUGGUUGGGAUCUGUUGCUAAAGAAAUGCACCACCCUGGAGGAAAGUGUCCGGAUGAGCCAGUGGGAGCAGAGUAUCACCAAAUGCCCUAUCCGUAAUGUGACGAUCGAUGGAGGCUUUGGUGCCUGGUCAGGCUGGUCCACAUGUAGUCACAAUGACGGCGGGAGUGCGGGCUCCUGUCUGUGUCGGACACGGGCCUGUGAUAGCCCCGCCCCUCAAUGCGGGGGCCAGCAGUGCCACGGGAUCAGUGUGGAGGUUGCCAACUGCUCAAGAAACGGAGCGUGGACUCCCUGGACCGUCUGGUCUCCCUGCAGCACCAGCUGCGGCAUCGGCUUCCAGGUCCGUCAGCGCUCCUGCAGCAACCCGACCCCUCGCCAUGGAGGACGAGUGUGUGUGGGCCAGAACCGCGAAGAGAGGUACUGUAAUGAACACCUGCCCUGCCCGCCCCACGUCUACUGGUCGGCCUGGUCGGCAUGGGAACGCUGCACCGUGCCUUGUGGCGGCGGCGUCCAGUCGCGACGGCGAACCUGUGAGAACGGCAACGACUGUCCUGGGUGCGGUCAGGAGUACCAGUCAUGCAACACCCUGCCCUGCCCCGACCUGAAGAAGACCACGCCCUGGACUCCCUGGACCCCGGUCAACAUCUCGGACAACGGCGGGCACUAUGAGCAGCGAUUCCGCUACACUUGCAAAGCCCGCAUCCCGGACCCCAGCCUCCUCGAGGUGGGCAGGCAGAGGAUCGAGAUGCGCUACUGCUCCAGCGACGGAUCCACCGGCUGCUCCACUGACGGCGAGGUGCUUCGUCUUGGGAGGAUCUCGGGCCACACGGUGAACGGCGGCUGGUCGUCCUGGGGUUCCUGGACCCAGUGCAGCCGCGACUGCAGCCGGGGGAUCCGCAGCCGCAAGAGGGCCUGCAGUAACCCCGAGCCCAAGCACGGGGGUCAGACCUGCCUGGGGCCACCACAAGAGUAUCAGGAGUGCAACGUCACCCCUUGUCCAGUGGACGGCAGCUGGUCAUGCUGGUCUUCGUGGUCCAAGUGCUCAGUGACGUGCGGAGGGGGACACUACAUGAGGACGCGAACCUGCAGCAACCCCCCGCCGGCUUACGGAGGGGACAUCUGCCUGGGCCUGCACACCGAGGAGGCUCUGUGCAACACGCAGCCCUGUCCAGAGAGCUGGUCCAGCUGGUCAGAGUGGUCCCACUGUGACUCCAACGGAGCCCAGCUGCGCGUGCGCCAUUGUGACGUCCUGUUUCCCACCGGAAACCAGUGCUCAGGAAACAACAGCGAGAACAGGCCUUGCGCUCCUGACUCCAAUUUUAUACCAGUCUCGAUUGCACACUCCAGUCAGGAGGAGAGGCGCUGCGGAGACUUCAACCUCUUCCACAUGAUCGCCGUGGGCCUGAGCAGCUCCGUCCUCGGCUGCCUGGUGACGCUGCUCGUCUACUCGUACUGCCAGCGCUACCAGCAGCAGUCCCACGACGCCACCGUCAUCCACCCCAUCUCGGCCGCGCCGCUCAACACCAGCAUCACCAACCACAUCAACAAACUGGACAAAUACGACUCGGUGGAAGCCAUUAAGGCCCUCAACAAAAACAAUCUGAUUCUGGAGGAAAGAAAUAAAUACUUCAACCCACAGCUUGCCGGGAAGACCUACACCAACGCAUACUUCGCCGACCUCAACACCUACGACGACUAUUAACCUUUGACGCGGCAGCUCGCACUCCAUGCCGUCUUGGGGGACGCCGACUCUAUCAUCCGUUUCUUUUGACUGUAUUCUUUUCUUUUGUGCUUCGUAUUGAGAUUUCGUGACACCACGUGCGGGAUGGUCCCACUUGGGGACUCCAUGGCAGCUGGUAUGUUAAAGAACACAGACGCACGUUGUUGCCAACAGAGGGGAAUCCCGCUUUCUCUCAGGUGCCUUGGGGUACACACUUUGAAAGCUCAGUCUUUCUGGGGGGGAGUGGGGGGGGCCAAGCCUUGCCUUGCCUAUCGCUGAGAAAACGGACAACUGGAUUUCCCGAUAUGGACAAGAGGGGGAAAAUAAGAACUCGACUCAAAGAGACUGUGGGAAACGUGAUCCCUUUUGACUUUCCUGUGACGCCUCCGCAACAGACCUGUAUUUGUGACGAGGGGAAACGACCACAAAAACAAAAAAACCCCCGCUUUGCAUGAUUUCAUCUGACGUGUUUUUUCUCUGCUGUUCUGUUCUGUUUUUUGCAUGAUUGAGCGCAUUCCAGGGUUCGGGCACUCGUUGCUGGUCUUUAGGUUCAGGACUGGUUUCGGAAGUCGUGGAAACAAAGGCCGCGGUGAUGUCUGGUCCGGUGGCUUCUACCAUUUCACUGCUGCAGCAAACUCCAGAAGGAUCAACAUUCACCCCCCGGUCCUUGAAUCGGGAUGCGUCGAUAUUUGGAGACUUUGGUCAACUUUGUCUGCACUUCCUUUCAUUUCCUUUCCUUUUGUUUCCUUCCGUUUCAGGCCCCUCGCAGGGUCCAGCAGCGAGCAGCGAUUGAAAUCAGUGGAAUACCUUUUGCUUUGGGUUUUUUCCCUGUUGUAUUUUUUGUUUGUGUUCUUAUGUUUUUUUUGUACAGGAAUGUUAAGUUCAAUGCUUAUGUCUUCAGUUUCUCUAAAUACAUUUCUCAUGUUUAGUGUUUUAAGAAUGAAACCUUUUCUUUUGGAAAGAAAAAAAAGCCUAGGUGAAUUCUGGCAAGUAAUCGGGGUGGGGGCUGUGGGGGGUGGGUAAUCAUAUCAGCGUGCAUCAUGUUCAGUAUUUGUCACCGUACUUUUUAUAUUUUUUGUAAAAACAAAAAUGUUUUUGAAUUUUGAUAGUGUUCGCUAUUCCUUUGGCUUCUUUGUGAGAGCAGGGUGUUGACGGCAUUUACUGUACAGGUGGAGCGUAGCAAACAUGAUUUUCUUUUUUUCCUGGACCCCCACCGGAGUGCUCCCCAUAUACUAAAAAAGAUGAAAUCCAUUCAUUGACUUGAGAUAUUUCUGUUCAGAGUGUAUAACCGAAUAUUAGGUUAUUCAACGGUUCAGUUGUAAACUAACUCUUUUUACAUGUUUGCUUGUGUUACUGUGCAUAAAUUAAAAAACUGCUUCGUACAAAGA